AUGCAGGCAGGUGAAGCCGCGGACGCCCCGGCUCGUGGACCACCCAGACCCUCGGAAGGCGAGCCUGCACAGGCAUCAUGCUCAGGGCAGACAAAUAGAGGGCAAAUGAGCGCGACGUGCCGCAUGAGCGGAAGGCAGGCGCUCAGCAUGAAGUGGAGCAAGAAUAUCGAGGGAGCGCCAAUAUCGGAGGAACACGUCCAACAACCAGCGCCCCAUGGUCUUGACGACGUCCAGUGGAACACCAGCAAGGAGAAGCUCGGUGAUCCCGCCAAUCCGGAAAGUGUGCCCCAAGGAGGAGCUGUACCCAUGGGCAGUCCAGAUGGCAUUGCACCGGAGUAG